AUGAGUUGUCCCCCAAGUGUAUCUACAAUUCUUUCACCCACUGAUGCAGCGAUAGUGGCAGCGUGGCUAAAUUGUUCGGACCCCAACGCAUAUGUCCACUACUCGACAUCUUGGGGCGCAAGCGACUAUACACUUAACAUCUCUGUUAUAGAUGCUACUACGGAGAGGUUGGUUGACACUAGAUUGCUAACAACACUCGAGAAUGCAACGGCCUGGAUCAAUUCAAACUCUUUUGAUGAAGACGAAGAUGAUAUGCCUCAAGCUACUGAUGUAUCAGAUCGACUCGAUGGGUGA